GUUGAAAGACAAACCAGGCAAGCCAUGUUCUCGGACCGAGCCAAGCCAACACGAAUCGGUUCUGUUUUGCCCCUUUUCGUUUGACAGGAGUGUCCAUAGGUAGGAGCUUCUUUACGCGGUGAUUUCGCUUUGUUUACUUGACAGCGUCGACCUCGUUCACGGUGAUGGUGUUGAUAUAAAGUGCUGAAUUUGCCAGACAGAGUCAUGCAUUGUACCGGAGGCUUGCAGGUUGAUUUUUGUGGGCAGACAGAAGGAAUUGGAAAGGUUGACUGCUGCGUACAGACCAAAUGUUCCAUUAAGAGGAAUCGUGAAGUACAGACUCAAUAUUUUGCAGAGGCAUUAGAAGCAUUUGGGUAUGUCCGAAACAAGAAUUUGCUAGCAGAGCACACCAAACGACUGAAGAUAUUGACUGCUCCUGCCAAAGAUAACGCUGUGCAGUUGCACAAGCUUGCUGUUGAUGCAUGUCACCAAAAGAGUGCUCAAGGUGACAGCAGUUUCCUGAAAAGAAUUUCCGCCUGUCCGGAAUGUGGUGACCUGUUCUUGAUGCGAGAUGCUUUGGAUGGACACUUGCAGCAGGUGCAUAAGCAGAGGAACCAGCGUGGCUUGCAUAAAAAGAAGCAUGGAGGCAGGCAGUCAUUUGAGUGCCAAUUCUGUCAAAAGCUUUUCAUGAAGCGGGAACACCUAGAUUUUCAUUUGAGAAACCAUGCGGAUGAGAGGAACCAUGUCAGCUUGCCUAAUAAGACCAAGAUAGGAGAAAAACCAUUCCAGUGCCAAUUCUGUAGAAUGGGCUUCAACCGGCGGGAGCUUCGUGACCGGCACUUGAGAACCCACUUGAAGAAGACCAGUUGGGCGAGAAGCGACAUAAGUGCGCAGACUGUGGGGAAUGUUUCACGAAGCAGUCUUAUCUGGCAUGCCACCAGAUGUUGCACAGCAACCACACAUGCACUAAUGUGUGUCCCAACUGUGGCCGGUCCUUCACACAAAAGCAUAUCCUCAUUCAACAUAUGCUGUCCGAGCAUACUGAUAAAAGGCCAUAUGCUUGCCUAUUGUGUGGGAGGACGUUUACAUCAGCAGCAGGUGCAAGGAAGCACGAAGACGUGUUCCACAAUCAUCACCUGUAUCACUGUGAAUUGUGUGGCAAAAAGUAUUCCUCAAAAAGUUAUUUUACACGACACUUGCAGUCGCAUCAUGAAUUAACAAGUCAGCCUUCUGGAAGCAUGGAACAGCAAUUGACCAUCGAAGCAGAGGAUGAUGAUAUAGCGUGAAAAAAUGAACACUGUAGUGGCUUAGUAGAUGGGGGAUUCUGGUGCUGAUGACAAAUUGUUGGAUCGACAUUCAGCUGCAUGGGCUGCAUUCUGAUGCAGUUGGAAUGCUACAUUUUGUAUUAGAUUUAGAUUUGUGUUAAUGAAAUCCUACAUCACUAAAAUCAACCUGGGGCUUACCACUUCAUCUCUUAUGAGCCCCUGUGUGCCAUGUGAAAUUGUGCGUUUAAAAUUCAAUAAAAGAAUUAUGAAGUUUCUGUG